AUGCAGAAUUGUGUCACCACCGGGGUAAAUGUGGUGCAGACGCGCGCCAGCUUCACACAGAACGCGCAUGGUAGCCGGGCGCCAGGCGAGCGUCGCCGCCUCAAUGGCAUCGCCCAGCCAUGGGUCACGUUGAUGGACAUUGGCGCCGCGAUCGAGAAGCAGCUUGACUAUGUCGCUGUGGCCAAGAUUUGCUGCCAGGGCAAGAGGCCAGUUGUCGGCUCCUUGCACAACAAAGCCCUCGUCGAGUAA